AUGAGAGAGGAGGUAGAAAAGGAGAAGUUACUCAAAAAGAGGAAGAGAGAAGAGAAAGAAGAUGCACCUUAUGAACCUUCUCCAGAACAUGUUUCUGCAUCUCAAUCUACUCCUAAGAGUAAAAAGAAAGCUGGAGGUAGAAAGAAGGCUACUCCAAAGAUUAAAGUGUCAAAGCGCCCUCAAAAGAUCAUGCGAACACAAUCUACAUCUCCACGUCAACAAACACCUCCACAUCAACCAACCCCUCCACAAUCCCCAAUACAUCAAUCUCCUCCUAGACAACCAACACCACAACACUCACCAAAACAACCUACCCCUCCAUCACAUUCAACACCACCCAGACAACCUACUCCACAACGACAACCAUCUCCUCUGUUUCCGCCAUCACCACCUCCACAUCAACAAUAUUAUUCUUCUCAAGAUCUUUUUGGCACACCUCCAAUUGCUCAAGCACAACUUGGUUCUUCAAGUAGAGGCCUUGCGAUACCGCAUGAUAAUCUGCUAGAUAGAAUUGAUGAGGUGAUAGCAGAAAACAAAAAGUUGGCAGAUGAAUGCAAAAAGAUUGCUGAUAGAGAAAAGUUUCUUGCUGGUAAGGUGCAGAGAUUAGAAGGUGAAAACAAAGUGUUGGAACUGAAGAUUGAAGUUGAUCAGACGGAAAUUGAUGUUGUGAAACGAGUGUCUGAGUUAGAAGAGGAGAAGAGUCGUCGAGAAAGUGAAAACGAGUACUAUAAGUUGAAGAAUAAAGAGCUUAUGGCUGCUAAAGCGUUGCAUGAGCACAAGUUCUACAUGCUGAAUAGAGUUGUGGAAUGCAUGUUAGAAACAACAGUGGAUCAGAAGUAUGAAGAGUUGAAGUUAGAGGAUCUUCGUGCUGAACGUAAAGCAGAAGUAGAAAGGCAAAUGAAAGAUAAAGGUAAAGCUGUUGAAGGAAGUUCUGUAAUGACUAUUGUGCCUUCAAUGGUGAUAGAUAAUCCAGUGCCUAUAUCCUCUGUUCCGGGAGGUUCUGGUGUGAGAGUUACUGAGGCUUCAAAAGAAAAAGUCGUUGAAGAUCUGCUAAACGAUACAGUUAAUGAAGAAAGUGGGGAAGCUGAGAGAAAGGGGGAGUCGAGUAAGAAUCAGAUUGUCAAACAUCAUGAACCGUUGUUCUUAUGUCUAGAUGUGUAUAGGGAGAUGUUAAAUGAUGUAAAUCCCGAGAAUCCAAUUGAUCUUGAAGCUGAUCUGGAAUCUUUUGAUAUCAAUAAACAGAAAGAUUACAAGUAUAACUAUGUUGAGGAUGCAGAUCAGUACGAUAGGGUUGAAGUAGAGGAUUGUUCUGAUAAUGAGGAUGUCCCUGAAGAUACAUCAAAACUUCCGAGUUAA